UAUUGUUAUCGAUAAGUGAUUGGGGACACCUCUAAUUAAAAUCAAGCGGUUUUGCAAAAAAAAAAAUUUUUUUUUACAAUAAAUUUCUAGAAGUUUUGUUUGUACAAAAGUCGCCCCCGCAUGCCACAAUGAUGCAGACUAACAGUGGCUACCUCGUCCUGGCUUACAUUGGCGCUGUAAUAGCCCUGAAUUUGGUUGCUUGUGAUAACAGCAAUUCCGGGGAUUACAUGAAGCGUGAACAUAGCUUGGUGCGUCCAUUUCAAGGCGUUGGCGUUAUACUGCCUCACUGGGACUUCCUGGGCAAUACAAUGGUAACCAGCAACUACAUAAGACUGACGCCCGAUCUGCAAUCAAAGAGCGGUGCCCUUUGGAACUAUGCGCCCGUCAUGUCACGAAACUGGGAGGUGCAUGUGUCUUUCAAAGUGCAUGGGAAAGGAACUGAACUCUUUGGUGAUGGCUUUGCGUUGUGGUACACCAAGGAUCGCAUGCAAACUGGCUCAGUUUUCGGCAGCAAAGACCAUUUCUCCGGGCUGGCUGUUAUAUUGGAUACCUACAGCAAUCACAAUGGUCCGCAUAAUCAUCAACAUCCAUAUCUGAGUGCCAUGGUUAACAAUGGCAGCUGGAGCUAUGAUCAUGAUCGUGAUGGCACCCACACUCAGUUGGCAGGCUGUGAAGUUCGCUUUCGUAAUGUGGAUUAUGAAACGCUUAUAAGCAUACGCUACGAGAACGACAUAUUAUCCGUGUCCACGGACUUGGAAAACAAGAACGAGUGGAAGAACUGCUUUGUAGUCACCAAUGUUGAACUGCCCACAGGGUAUUAUUUUGGUCUAUCUGCCACAACGGGUGACUUGUCGGAUAAUCAUGAUAUACACAGUUUUAAGUUCUUCGACAUCGACACAAAUUCUGAUGUGCCGUACCAGGAUACAAUGGCUCGGGCCAACAUCAUACCAAAUGCCAAAACAUUUGAACCACCCCGCGAGCACAAAGAGGAUCCCAAGCCGGGCAUGUCCAAUGCCAAAAUCUUUUUUAUUCUGUUAUUUGUUGUGGUCGCAGCCGCGGGAGUGGCCAUUUUCGCCAUCUCGUUUUUCAAAGAGCGAAAUGCGCGAAAACAUUUCUAUUGAGCUGAAACAAACCUAAGAAGAGGAUAAGGAAAGAGGAGUAGCUGACCACUAAAAUUAAUUUAAAAAUAUCCAUGUAUAUCGACUGCUGUAUCCCAACUACCACAACUAAUUAUUUACAUUUCUUUAAAUUGUUAAAUUUAAGCGCAAAUUUUUAAUCUGAACUAUAGGAAAAUUGAGACCGUAAGAAUAUUACCGCAUAGAUUAAAAAUUAAAUUAGAUCGAAUUACACCCAAUGGGCAGGUAA